UCUCAAGAAUUUUUAUGAUUCUGUGAAAUCUGUUUUAUGUUCCAUUCUCAUAUUUAUUAUUUGAAUUAUCCUGAAUUUUAUUUGUAUUUUUUAUAUUUGUCGUUAAAAGGCUUACAAUGUGAAAGCUUCGAGUGUUAAUUUAUAUUUAUGUGUUUAUUUCAGAAAGAUUUCUUGAAGAAAUAGACUAUUGGCUUCAGAGAUUUUAAAAAAUGGCUCGAAUGAACAACACGAUUGCUGAGCAACUUGCUGGAGUCCAACUUUCUACCAUUGGAAAUGACGAUAUUAAGGAUAACAAAGCUGUUUUAACAGAGAGGGAUCUAUGUAGUAUGGUUUUUGAAAACACCCCAGUCAAAGGUUCAAGUAUUCAGACGCAGAAAUGCAGGUUUUCUGUAAACUUACGCCAGAUGAUAGAUGCAUGUCCGGAUAUCUCGGUAAGUUCUAAUCAUAACGGAAUACUUCUUCAAUUCCCAAAUGCUGAAGUUCUGAAGACAGUUCUUUUGAUGAAAUGCUCGCAUUACAGUAACACCGUGGACAAGAUCAGAAACUUACCGCAAACUUUUAGAUUUAUUAAACCACACAAAGGCUUCAUCAUUAGUUGCUUUACAAACAGGAGUUUGAGCACGAUAACCUCAUUUCUCCAGGAUCAUGGAAGGAUUGUUUACAAAAGCGGGGAACGAAGUUGUAUCAGUUUUCAAGAAAUCAAAACAGCAUUUGAUUUUAUGAUCAAAUUCAGAAACUUGGGCCCCAGAAUUAGUUUUGAAAGCAUCGAGAUUAUUUCUAGUACUCCUUGGCCGAAAACUCCUAAGGCCGAUUUGCCAGGUUCACAAUCUUCAGCAGUGUCUUUAAAUUCUCCUGUGACGCUUGUGGCUUCUUCAUCAACACCUGUUACUGAAUCUAUGGAUCAUGGUACUGCGAUAUACGAGAAAACCAUGGAAUUGUCAGAACGAACUGAAUCUCGUCUGCCGAAGUUGAUGGAUAUGAACAUCCCACAUCCGAGAGUUAGUAUAAAGGGUAAUAUUCAGCUCCAUCCCAUCUCCGCCAGCUUUAUGCAUCCCGGAGAGAAAGAAGUUUUUUCCCAAUCCUUGCGCACUGAUCUCGAUCAAUCAGUGCCUAAUACUGGCCUGGCAGUCCAAACUGCUCUAACUGGUUUGAACCGAAACGAACAAGAAGGUUUCCUGUUUAUCUCCCAUGAGGCAGGAAUAGGUUCUAUUACCGGAUCUGAAAAGUUCUCCAUCCUGACAGAGAAGAACUUGUGCAGUAUGAUAUUUAAGAACGAAAAUAAUUUGCCCAAGCAUGUUACUUUUUCAUCAAACAUGUGUGAACUAAUUCGCAGAUGUCCUCAGGUUUCAGUAUUUACUGAUCGUCGUGAAGAAAAGAUAGCGCUCUGUUUUCCCAGUCCUCAAAUCCUGAAUUCUAUUCUUUGUACUCUGUGCCCCCAGGAAAGCAACUCAGUGGAGAAGAUUAACAAGCUGCCCCAGAGGUUCAGGUUUAUCCAGAAGGACGCGUUGUUCAAAAUUCAAUGCUCGAUCAAAAACUUGACCGAGGUCUCGCUGCAUCUCUGGAGACUGAACGGGGAUAUCCUCCAGUACGGUGAACCCGCUUUGAUUGGGUUUGAGAAGAAGAAAUCUGGAUUUCUUUUCCUUUUUAAACUGAUGAGCUUGAACCCGAUUAUUCACCCAUCUUGCAUACAAUAUCUUCCAGCUGUUCAAUGUAUUCCUUCUGUACACAGGGUUAUUUGUUGUAAAUACUUUAUUCCAUCCUGUUCACUUUCUACACUCGAGUUAAAGUAAUAAUUGCUUGAUAAUUAUUGUAAUUGCAUGUGAGAAAUUAUGUUUAUUUUUUUGCUUAACAGGCUCAUUAAUGAUCAUAUAUUUUAAAAAUUACCAGUUUUUUGCAUUGUAAUUUAUUUUGUGAUAAUUACAAAUUUUUGUUUUUAAACAAUGCCAUAAAGAUAACAGGAAAUUUGUAAGGAAUUGAGCCUUCGCGCGCCACAUUCUCUGAUUUUUUUAUCUCUAUAUCUUUUGCGAUCCAAUGGUAUAACCCUUAAAUAUUU